AUGGCCAAAGAACAUUCCUGGUUGAAUAUGAAAGUUCCCGAAAGCAUACAAGAGCCAUUCAUUGUAACAUGGGCAAGCCAACAGCAGUUGGCUAUAGUUCAAAAUUUAUUUAAACAAGGUGUAUUAACAACUAUUCAUGUGGAUUCAACAGGAUCAGUUGUUAGGCCCCCUCAGAACUCAACAAAACUAACUAUUUAUUAUUAUGCUUGUGUAGUGCGUAUAGGUGAAAUUGAAACCGUAUGUCCAAUAACUGAUAUGGUCAGUGCAACGCAUGAUAGAGAAACUGUUACAGAAUGGUUGAAAUGUCUUAAAGAUCUAAUAAUUGCAAAAGAUCCAAGUAUCUGGCCGCCUUUCAAAAAUGUUGUAACUGAUUUCAGUUGGGCUUUUAUGCAUGGUAUUUCUAAAGCAUGGAAUGGUAAAGAAACAAUAUUUGAAUACCUGGAUAUGUGUCAUCGAAUAUUAUCCGGAAGAGAAACAUUGUCUUAUAGCACAGUAGUUAUUACUUCUUGUACAAACCAUUAUGUAAAAAAUAUUCUGAACCAUGUUAAACAUUAUUAUCCAGAUGAUGAAAAACAGCAUUUUAUAUAG